UGUGAAACCAGUUGAGUUGUAUUCACGUAACUGAAUGGAUACGUGUCGGGUACGCAUAAGACGUUAAAUACUGCAGAACGAAAAAAAAAAAUAAAUAAAUAAAAUAAAUCUUGUAAAUAAAAUUAAGAAACGGGUCAUUGAAAACAAGAAUUGCAGUGGAAAAUUCAAUCCAUAUGAAAAUCACUGCAUUCCUUUAAUAAUUUAAAGCCGAAAAUGUAUGUUUUUGAUUACUAAAUUAUAAAUGCCAAUUGUGCAAAUGCGUGAACUGUGGCUGUGAAGUGAGCGGUGUGUAGCGGAGAGUACAUACAUACAUAUUUGUAAAUACGGGGAGUGCGAAAAUGGGCACGAAAUAAAUGUUGGUGGAAGUAGUAGUAAGCAACAUCAUAACGCUAUAAAUACAACAAAGUUAAAUAAACCACAGCAAUAGCUACAAGAUCGACAAACAACUUUUGCAAAUUUCUAAAAAAUAAAGAGUUAAAUACCGUUACAACAACAACAACAUACAGUAAAAAUUGCUAUAAAUAUAAUAAACAACUUCAAUGUAUCAUAAUAAUAACCAUCUGAAGCAUAUAUGUAUAUACAUAUGACUAUAUAUAUAGUUAUUAUAUGUUUCACAAUCAAAAUCAACUCAACUCAACUGCAACGAGAACAAUAAUAAAUAUAGCAACAGUUCAUAUAUACAGCAGCAAUAACAACAGCAAGAAGGCAAAAAAUGUCGACAACACGCACCUCGGAUUGUCGUAAAUUUUCCCCAAAUAUCUUCAACAAAAGCAAAUGCAGCCAUUGCUUUCGUCAACGUGAGGAGCAUAGCGCUGCUGCAUUGGAGUGUAAUAGGGCUUCACGGAAGGUUUCAAAAUGUGGUUACUUAUUCGUAGCACCCGAUUGGGAUUUUAGUAAUCCGCUCUACAGAACUAAGAGAUGGCAGCGGCGAUGGUUUGUUUUAUAUGACGAUGGCGAACUGACAUAUUCGGUGGAUGAACAUCCUGAAACUGUGCCACAAGCAUGUAUAGAUAUGACCAAAGUACUGGAGGUCGCCAUGGCGGAAGAUGUGACGGGACAUACUAAUUCGAUUGCCAUCACCGCCCCCGAUCGGGUCACGUUCGUGAAGGGCACAUGUCCCGAAGAGUCCAAGUGGUGGCUUAACAUAUUGGCCGCAUUUCCCAAAUCCAAAGGACGCCACAAACGUAAUGCCACAUUUCCAGGCGGUCAAGCGACAACAACGAUUUUACAACAAAUCAAUACAGAUGCAUAUAAUGCGGCAGCUGCUGCAGGCGUAACGACACGCAAUCGCCAUAAUUCAUACCACAAGGAUGCAUUGACGUCGGUGCAAUCGACCAGUGUGCUAAUUGGCAGUGGCGGCAAUAAUGUUACACAGCGUAAAGCCAAUACCGUGACGACAGCGGCAACGGUGAUGACGCGCACCAAUGAAUAUCGCAACGUAGCCGACGACGUGGAGGAUGACGAAGACGAGGAGGAGGAAGACGAAGAUGAUGUUGAUGAUGAUGAUGAUGAAGACGACGGUGUCGAGACAGGCGAAGACGAAGAGAAUGAGGAAGAUGAUAAUGAUGUUCAAGUGGGUGUGCGUGUCGCUGAUGAGGUAGACAGCAGCAAAAAGGAAUCGCAGCAGGAUGAUAAAGUUCGUGGCGAUAUUAAAGAGACCAACAGCAAAGUCUCAUCAUCAUGUCUGCUCAUCGAGGAUAUCCGACGGGAUGAGAAGACUUACAAAGACAUUGCCAACACUAUAACGAAUCUAAGUCAACAGAAAAAUCGCUGGUCCAACACAACUGUCAAUAAUGUACUCAAUAGUCAUCUGCAUCAAACGACGGCGACGACGGGGACGACAACGACGACGGCAGCGGCAAAGGCGGGAGCGCAAGAGAAAAAAUCGCGUGAUGAAACCGAUUACCAUCGGUCGACGAACAAACAACAAUUACAGCAUCAUCAGUUGCAACAGCAACAACAGCAACAGAGACAGAGCAAUGUUGCUAGUUUGAGACCAAAGUCAUUACCAUUGGCAGCAAAUUCGACGCCUGCCAUUGUCUCGGCCAUAGUCAAGAAGAUACCGCCUGUAUUAUCGACCAACAAUAAUAAUAAGUGCAAAUCUAGUCCACGAUUGCAAUUACAAUUGAAAAAGCAACAGCAGCAGACACACGAAAGAGGUGAUCCGGACGGCGGCUGCAAUCUUGACGAUCUUUCCACCAACUACCUGGCCAAGACGGCAGAGUUACGUGUCAAUCCGCCUGCUGAGGAGUCACUUAAUGCCAAAAAGGGCUGGUUAAUGAAGCAAGAUAACCGCACCGGCGAUUGGACGAAGCAUUGGUUCUCGUUGAGUGGUGCGGCACUUUUCUAUUAUCGUGACCCGGUGUCGGAGGAGCGUGGCGUGUUAGAUGGCGUGCUGGAUGUGAAUAGUCUGACGAAUGUGGCGGAAGUGAGCGCCAGCAAGAGUUAUGCCUUCCAACUGACAUCUUGGGAUCAACGGCGCCUCAUAUUGGCGAGUCUUUCGCCCAGCUCACGCAACAGUUGGAUUGCCAUAUUGCGAAAUAUCGCUGGUUUGCCGCCGUUGCUGGCGGCAAAUAAUGCGUGCAACAGUAGCCAUCAAACACUCACAGACGCCGAUGUGCCGCCAACAGUGGAAUUGGUGAUCAAAGAUGGCGCCGUCAUACCGAAUAUGAAGAGUGAAAUUGAGAAGGACUUCAUAAAGGCGCAACGCAAUCAUGAAAUGCCCAAGAAACCGCCAGCAGUCCCGAACAGUCACGCCACACAACGUGUGCAACAAAGUGAAACUAGUCCGCCCGUCACACCAACUAUUGCAAUACAAAGCGGCGGUAGUAGCACACCGACUAAAAUUAUAAAUAUUGCGACCACACCGUCUACACCGAAAAUUGCGCAUUUAUCCUCAGAUGAGGAGUAUCGCACUGCUUCUGAGGGCGGCCGGCGCGACAGUGUGGACUGGGGAUCACCGCUUUCACCCUCACCACCAAUCACGACUUCCAUACUAAGAAAUCGCGAGCGUUUGUAUGCGCGCGCUACGGCAACUGCCACACGUACACAUAAGCGCAGCCACUCUUCACCGCCCACCUCGCGGCGUAGUACAGUAGAUAGCGUUGGUUCAGACGAUCUUUCCCCUACACCAGCCAUGCAUCCUGUACAGGAGGAACUUAGUAUUGACAAAGAAUUGCAAUUCCGACUCAGCGUGGCGGAGAAGGAGCGCAAUAUGCUGCGUGAUGAAGCCAAAGAACGCGAGACACGCAUGUCGGAAUUACUGACGACGCUCGAACGCACGGAGCAACAGCUGAAUGCGCGCUUGCAGGAGAUGGAAUCGGUGCGUGAUAAUCUCACCGCACAGUUGGAUGAGACAAAACGCAAUGCCGAGCAUAUUGUAGAGCGUUUGACCGAUGAACUGGAUGAGAGCCAAAAGAAGGUCAAAGAUCUUGAAGAUCGUUUGGCGCGUGGCAUCGAUGAGAAUGAGACGCUCUAUAAGCGUGUGCACGAGCUGGAAGGCAGCAGCUUGCAGAGUUUCAGUCAAUUGAAUCGUGGUAAACUGAAGCGUAUGGACUCUUUGAGCGAUCUCACGCAGAUCGGUGAUAUAGAUCCCUUCGCAUUGGAGCGCGAUACGCUGGCAGAUGAGUACAAUGAGUUGCGUAGUCGAUUUGAAAAGGCCGUAAAUGAGAUAAGAGCAAUGAAGCGUGAGCUGAAGGAGUCACAAAACCAAUUUGAUUCGUUGGAGAUUUCCUAUGCUGCGCUCAAACAAGAUCUGGAACGUAAAGAGAUUGAAGAUCGUGCACAAGUGCAGAUGAUGGCCGCGCGCAUACAGGAUUUAACAUUGAAAUAUAGUAGUUCAGAACGACAGGUGCGCACGCUGAAGCAGAAAAUGGCUAAAUCAGAGCGCAGAAGAUCGCUCUCACUCAAAGGCAAAGAGCAGCUGAGCAUACCCAAAGAGUUGGAGUUGAAGGUGUUUGAGUUGGAGGCGAAAAUCGAUGAAAUGGAGAGGCACACAAACGCAAGCAGCUCAGAACCCCUCCGACCGGUAGUGAAGAAAUCGUCAUCGCGUAGGCGUUCACUCGAAAGUAAUGCCAGCAAUAGCGAUCCACUACAAUUCAUGUUGCGUCUGAACGAUUUAGAAAAGCGUUUGGAUGAUACAUCGGCUGCCGGCUCAAUCAGUUCGUCAUCUACACCUACACCAUCCUGCAGCACGCCGACAAUUGAUGGUGCAACACGUAACGCCUCGAAGGUUUCCGAACAUUUACUAGAUCGGCUACGUUGUCUCGAAAGUGUUUUGGUAACGAGUCGAGAUAGACUCGAAAAAAGUCUACAUCAGCUACAGAAUUUGCGCUCCUCACACAGCCGUCGUUCGGUAUCGCCUAUUACGGAUCGUAAAGAUUCGUAUCGUUAUAUAGAGCGCUGCCUCAGCGAGGUAGUCAAGCUAAUACGCGAAUCGUGUGAAACUUGCGUCAUCAGUGGCAGCAGUGGCGAUAAAUAUACCGUGCCAAACGUAAUGCUUUUGCCAGAUUCAAAUCCUGUAAAGAUUGCGCUCACCCAACUUGAAUCACAACUACGUAACAAACUUGCUGAACUACUCAAGCAACGACGCGUCUUGCGCGAGCGCAACGAACUGACUGAUCGUAAAAAUAUGGAACUCUUAGCGGAUCGUGUGGCAUUCGAGAGCGUUUGUUUUGGCAAAUUGCGCGACUCAGUUAUGCGCGCAGAAAACCCCGAACUCUUCUGUGAGCGCCAAACUCGCACCGAAGUAUCGGAGACUUCGCAUCUAAUGACGAUGCUGAAGGCGAAAUUGAGUGGCAAGUGUGCGCUCAAGUCCAGUGGCACGCUUGACAUUUUGGCGGGCGUGUUGGCGCGUCGUUUGAUGUUGUCUAACUGUCGCAAGGUGACGACCAUCAGCAAAGAGGCGUUCGAACCAGUAGAUCACAAUAUUAUGGAGGACUUGCUGCGGCAACAGAAUGAAAUCAAUCUAAUUGUGAAGCGUUACAAAAACAAUGCCAUGGAAAAUUUAGCCAGUGGACUGGCCGCCGAAACUUUAAGCUACAUCUCAUCCAACGACUUGGUACAGGGUGCUGUGCAGGAGGCCUGGCGUCAGGCACAAGAGACCGUCAACGCUGAACUUGUACAGUCGGAAAUUACGCACAUCAUGUUACGUAAUGCCGAGCGUUUUGAGCAAUCACUCACACCCUCCUUCGGCUACACACUCACAGCUGAGGAGCGGCUUUCUUUCGAGAAGUUCGCCGACGCCGUACAUGAUGCGUUGCGUAAGGAAAUGGAGUUAGCGGUGGCACAGCUCACCCAAUGCUACAAGGAGGCCAUACAAAAGAUGAAGCGCGGUCAAUGGCGUCUGCAGCUGGAACAAGAACGCAAGAUUUCGGAGGGCCGGCAGUUGCUCGCCGAUUUCGCAGAUAUAAUUGCGCACAAGGCGCUUGUUGACGCACGCAUAACCGUGCUGCGUGGUGACUACGUUGAACAGCAGCUGGCUAAGGAGAAUAUUGAAAACACACAGUGCGAAUGUCAACCAAACAAAAUCGGUAUCACUGCGCUACAACGUUACGAGAGCCUAUUUGAGGAACUCUCCAAUGAUCUACAGAUCAACAAUCCGGCUGAUAUACUGGCCGAUGCUGAUUUUGAAUUCAUCUAUAAGCAACACACGAUUGAUUUCUUAAAUGAUCGUCAGGUUUUAUCAGAAAUCUCCACAUUCCUCAGUCAAUUAGAGGACUCCUUAAUCGCCUUGCAAUGUGAAGCUUCGGCUUCCACCACUUCCAUACCACGCUCAACUGUGUCCAUCGAGAGCUUACAAGAUGUUUGUCACAAAUGCGGUGAUCUCCGACAACGCGCCGAUCAGCUCUGUCAAGAAAUACACCGCGCGCUCAACACACCCUGUCAACAUUGUCGGCAAGUACAUGAGAAACUGUUGCGCCUACAGCAACAACAUGAAUGCGAACUGCUACAGCUACAGCAGGAACACGCCAAAGACAAGAGUAUAUAUGUGCAACAACUCGAAAAUCAACGCAACAGCUUUAAGAAAAUCGAGGCUGAAAAGGACGCAAUCAGCGCUGAGCUUCACAAGAGCAAUGAAUUGCUGGAACAGCGCAUGAAAGAGCUAACGAAUGUCACAGGCAAAUUGCAAGCCAAAGAACAAGAGUUACGCGGCAGGCAAGGUGAUCAUUUGUCACUCUUGCAGCGUCUUGAAGAGGCAACAGAGAAAGCGCACGCUCACGAAGAGGAGAGCAAUGCAUUGGUGGAGAAAUGUGCUCGUCAAGAUGAAGAGUAUGCGGUGUUGUUGCAAGAGCGUGACUAUCUACAGUCCGAAUUAAAUAGAGAGAAGGAGAAGAGCAAACGUUUUGAGCGUCGCCUAGAAAUGUUGGAGCUGGAGCAUAGCAAGCAAUUGGAGUGUCUACAAGACACUUAUCGCGAUCAAUUACUAGCACACUCGCCGGACUUCAGCAAGGUAACCAGCGACGAUGCGAGUUUCAGGCAACGCUAUCAGGCUGAAAUCGAGCAGCUUCGGACUCUCUGUGAGAAGGGUCUUUCGGCCAUGGAAUCAUCACACCGUCGUAUUGUGGCCGAUUUAGAGGAAAAACACCGUCAGGAAAUUGAGCGUUUGCUAUUGGAGAAGGAAACUGCUUUAGCUGAGGAAACGCAAGCUACCUUGGCCGCACUGGAUGCCAUGCGCAAGGCUCAUCAAAGUGAAGUACAACGUGAGGUGGCCCGUUUCAAGCAAGAAUUCUUAAAGCAAUUCCAAAAAGGCGAACAUUCGGCCUACACUGCCAAAGCAAACGAAGAGGAACUUGAAGAGUUGCGACAAGAAAUCUUGUCUUUUUCCGAAAAAUUCUCAAUAAAAUGCGUUGAGAAUGCUACAUUGGAGGAGAGGUUGCGCAGUACAACGCAAAAGUUGAAACAUCUGCAGCAAAUGCAACAGCUGGAGUUGAGAAAUAAACAAUUUCGUGCACAUUUAGCUGCUGAAGACACCGCAGCAGAUUCGAAAUUCGUGCAAGGCCUUUGUUCACCCAAGGAUGAUGGUGUCGCAUGCGAAGACAGCGAGGCAAAAUCGCAUGCGCAUGGCGUGUUUCACGAGCUUGUCGAUGAUGCGAGUGCAGCGUUUGUAGAAAAUAUGUUACCGGUGCCUUUGAUGUCAGCACAGAAUACCACACCAACAUCACCACCAACACCACCAGCACCAACCAUGUGUACAGUUUCACUGCGUGCUAUUGAACGUGCAGAAAAAGCAACAACAACAAUAAAUCCAUUAUUUCCCACUGUGGAGCCAGCAAAAGCCACGUCAGUUACCAAAGUAUGCGCUUCAAGUGUAUCCUUUAGUGAGAAAUCUGAAAAUUUUAGUGCUGACGUGCAAAGAGAAAAUGUUGGUGAUAUCAAACAGUGUAAUGCUAAUAAUAAUAAUGAUGUUGGUGAUCAUGAUGAAUUUAAUGCCAAUUUCUAUACAUAUGAGCCCUGUUAUAAGCAAAGUAAUUUGCACUAUUUUCAAAGUAGGCUGAGUUUUGAAGGUUUAAAAUCUUCCACUUUCGGCAAGAAAUUGAGAACAACCUCCUCACGACAAUGCAUGGAGAAAGCAGCCAGCAGCAUGCGGCAAGCACCAGCAAUAGUUGCAACAACAACAACAACAACGGCAACAACAUCGAUAUCAUCACCAGCAUCAUCCAAAAACAAUGCGCCAAUGGCCACCACAAACACACAAAUGCCGCAACAACAACAACAACAAACAACAGCAGGCACUGAGAGAACUUUGCAACAAAACUAUGAGAAUGUUGAGCAAAAGCAAAGGGAACAAAAUAUCAACAACACAGCAAUGCAAAAUGAACGAAAACGAUUAGCUGUUGACGCGUCCAAAAAUGUUGUCGUUGCUGCUGCCGAUAGUGCGAAUUCCUAUAAUAGUCACAAGUCAAAAAUAGCAAUAACAAAUGCUGGCAAUAAGCAAGAGAUAUUAUUGAAUGCGAGUAGCGUAGCAAACAAUAUCAUUUCACAAUUAUCAACAACCGCAACAACUCAUACACCAACAACAACAACAACAUUAUUAACAAGAACAAAACCAGUGGAGCAACCAAAGAUUUCUAGUGCUAAUAAACAUAUUUAUAAACAUAAUUAUAUUAAUCAUAACCAUAACAAUAAUAACAAUAACAAUAACAAUAACAAAAACAAUAGCUGUAAUAUUAGUAAUACUAAUAAAAAUAUGAAUGCAACAAGUAAUACAGUUGCAAGUAGUAGUAGUAGUAGUAGCAAUAACAGUGUAAAUAGUAUUAAUACAAUUAGUUAUAGUCGCAACAACAACAACAACAACACCAGCAGCUGUAACAGCAAUAGAAGUUUAACAAACUUAAUGAUGGCCAAGCUUAAUGAGAGUGCCAAUAUAGCUGCAACAGCAACAACAACAACCACAUUGUGCACUAUUGGCGCAACAACUGCAGCAACAACAACAACAGCAACAAUGCAAAGUACACCAAAAAUCGUCGGCUACAUGAGCGUGGCCGAGCGUAAUGCCAUCAAUUUGAGCAGUUUUACCGAUUUUGUACGCAAAUCAACAACAGCAACAACAACAACAACGGCAACCGAAGUUCCAAACACAACAACACUAACAAAUAGUUGUACUAAAUUUGGUCGCCAAGCGUCUGUCGUUUGCAGUGAAGACGAAGCGGACAACGAUGACGACAACAAUAGCAAUAAUGGCGCCGGUAAUGAUGGCGAUGCUGAAGAUGAUGAUGAUGUUGGUGAUGAAAAGCGACGACAACAACAACAAACAAAACAACAGCCGUAUGCAACAUUUAGCAGCAACAUGCCGCGUCGAUUCAACAAAAACAACAGCAACAACGGCAGAAAAGCAUACAAUACAACAACAACUACAACAACAAUGUUAGCGGAUAGGCGUUCGCACGAACACAACCCCUAUUGCUCGCCCACUUCCGGUUCGAGCGGAAGUGAUGUUGAGCAGCCGAAUAUAUCCCAAACAACGAAGAUGAAAACGAAAGGAACGCCAACGCCAACGCCAACGACGCCGCCGUCGUCGUCGUCGUCGUCAGUCGACACAGCAGUAACAAAAGCACCAGCAAUAACAGCAGCAACAUUGCGAAAACCGACAACUGCGAUACAAAAGCAUUUGCGACGUUUCGAAUUGGAUAUUUAGCAACUGGUCACAUUUUACGCAUACACACAGAUAUAUAUAUAUAUAUACAUGGGCAAAUGCACUCACAUACAUACAUACAUAUGGCCACUCCAAAUCUUUAGAUAAAUGCGUACAUAUACUCGUAUAGAUAAAAAUAUUUACGGAAAAUAAAAAUUUUACUCCAAAAUCUUCAAAAUAUGCCAAAA